AUGGAGGUAGAACUGAUUCCUGAGGAAUUCAGCACAAGCGAGAGAUAUUUAGCUCGCUGCUUCUACUGGAUUUACCUUAAGGUUUUGCCCAAGUCCAAGUGGAAAAUUGUCAAUAGCAUUAAGCUGAGUAUUUUCCCUGGCAUCGUUUUCAUCAAUGGAAUCUUUAUCCUCAACGAGCUCUUUAAGAUUCUCUCCGCGAAUAUUUUAGAAAAUCAAAUGCAGUUCUCAAACUUGCUUUACUUAUACUUCACAAUCGUCGGUGCAAAUUUUGUUCUUGGUGCCAACACAUUUAUAACCAAUUUUACCUCACCUCUAAUGUACACAAUUCCUUACUUAUCUGAGGAAAGCUUCUUCUAUCAUCCAGUUAAUGUAAUUUUUCAGUGGGUGGCCUUUGCUAUUCUGUGCAUUGUGAUUUUUGGAUUGGAUUAUAUCGUUAUGAUUUUCGUUGGCUCUCUAGAAGCUGAACUGAGUUCAAUUGUGACAAUAAUUUCUCAGGUGAAUGAUGAAAAUGUAACGAGAAAAGACAGCAAGAAAAUUUUUCAACAAAUUUAUUUAUCGCACGUAAAGAUUCUGAAAGUUAUAAAUCAACUCCAAACCAUUCUUUGGCACCUCAGUCUUCACAUCUUGCUCUCCAACUUCAUCUUCAUUUGUAUGAGCAUUUAUAUAAUCAGAUUUAUAUCGAUUUCCUUUCCUAUAAUAAUCACAUUCAGCAACGGUUUAUUCCAACUCUUCAUCCUCUGCUAUCUGAGCCAAGUAAUCCUUGACAAAACCGAGGAAUUCGCCGACGCUCUUUACCAAAUUGCCUGGUACGAUUUGCCGAUCGAAGACCAGAAAACUUUGCUGAUUAUUCUCUGCAUGGCGCAGCAACUGAAAGGAAUCAACGCUAGCGGAUUGACGACCAUUUCCAUCAACACUCUCCUGCAAGUGGUCAAAACGGCCCUUUCUUAUGGCGCCUUUCUCUACACCCUAAUCAACUAAUCUUUGCAAAUUAAUAUUCGCAUCUCGCAAAGGAACGACAAGGCUUCAAGAUUUCAGCUUUGCGCACUUUUCAGAUUCUGUAACCUUCUCAAAUAAAUUUCUU